AUGCCCGUGUCAAGCGUCGCAAAACCUUCGUCAGCUAAACCAAAUCCAUUCGAUUCCGACUCAGACUCUGAAUUUACCUCGAGGCCUGCAAGAGCAUCAUCUUCCAACUCAGUUGAUCCUGGUACCAAUGGCCGAUGCAAGAAUGGCUUCCGCGAUUCAGGCGGGUUCGACAACCAAUCCGUGCAAGAGCUGGAGAGCUAUGUUGCAUACAAGGCCGAGGAGACCACUCAGAAAGUGAACGUCUGCCUUCGGCUCGCUGAAAACAUCAAGGAGGAUGCUACCAACACUCUGAUCGCCUUGCACAAGCAGGGUGAACAGAUGAAUAGGACCCAUGAAACUGCUGCGAACAUUGAUCAGGACCUUAGCAGGAGUGAGACACUUCUGGGAAGCCUUGGAGGGUUCUUCUCAAAAACCUGGAAGCCCAAGAAAACCAGGCAAAUAAAGGGACCAGCAGUUAUCUCGAGAGAUGAUCCCUUCAAAAGAAGGGCUAACCACCUAGAGCAGAGAGAAAAAUUAGGAUUGUCUUCAAGCCCCAGAGGGAAGUCGAAUCCUCAGACGUAUUCUGAUCCUACCAACGCCAUGGAGAAGGUUCAGGUGGAGAAAGAUAAGCAAGACAAUGCCCUUUCUGAUCUUAGCGAUGUCCUGGGACAGCUCAAGGGCAUGGCUCUCGAUAUGGGCUCAGAAAUCGAUAGGCAAAACAAAGCCAUGGAUGGUCUACAAGAUGAUGUGGAGGAACUCAACUCCAGGGUGAAAGGAGCCAACCAGCGUGCACGCCGUUUGCUUGGGAAAUAAUAUUGCCUCGAAAAUGUAUGAGUGCAGUCUUGGUAUAUGAGGUUGCAGAAUCAAAACAUUGCUGCUGCUGCUUUGCUAAGCUUACUUUUGUAACUUCUCUUGGGAAGGAAAAGUUGCAAGUUGCAACAUUGCUCCCAAAAUACAUAUGAGGUGCACACAUAUAUAAUCAUCUAUUUUCCCUGGUUUGUGAUCAACCAAAUUGCUCA